UAAAAACCUGAACACUUGGAUUUCUACAGACCAAUUUAUUUGCUGCUCAGCUCUCAUUUUCCUGCAACUUUCUCAACCGCUAGUCAAGGAAAAGAGAGAAAAGAGAGAAUAAAAAUGGCAGCUUUCCCAACAUACCAAAGCUUUCUCGAUUCAACUUCAUCUUCAUCAUCCGUAGUGUUUCUGGAACCUAAUUCCACCAUGUACAAGAUUCCCUCUGGGAAUUUCAUGGGUGAAAACACCCACAAAUUUUCCCAGUUUUACCAGUCUGAAUCUGUUCAGGAGCUCUCCCCGUUUCUGACCACCGACAAUAACAUCACGGAGGCCGCCGCCGCCUCCGCCUCCACCUCCCCCUCUUCCUCGGUGACAACUACCAGACAAGAGAGUGGGGACCGCGUGACUCCAUCAAUAAUGCCCAGGAAAAGGAAAUCCAAGCAUCACUCUUCUUCCUUCAACUCCCUUCCAUCUUCCAAGAAUAAUAAUAAUGGGAGGGAAGGUGAAGAAGGAAAGAGGCAGAGAAAAGGAAAUGCAGUGAAGGAAGGAAAGGAGAAAAAGAUGAAAGAGGACAAGAAAUGUACAGAGGAGGCCCCUACAGGAUACAUCCAUGUAAGGGCACGAAGGGGCCAGGCAACUGACAGUCACAGUCUCGCCGAACGGGUAAGGAGAGAGAAAAUAAGUGAAAGGAUGAAAUUACUGCAAGAUCUUGUCCCUGGUUGCGACAAAGUUUCUGGGAAGGCCCUCAUGUUAGAUGAGAUUAUCAACUAUGUCCAAUCCUUGCAAAAUCAAGUUGAGUUUCUGUCAAUGAAGCUUACUUCAGUGAGUCCCAUGUUUUAUGACUAUGGCAUGGAUUUGGACCCUAUCAUGAGACCUGACCAGCAGGACAUGCAUAUAGAGAGGAUGAAUGGCGCAAUGGGAAAUAUUCAGCAGCAGCAGCAGCUAUUAUGUAACCCCACCGCCGCAGCGGUGGUGUCUGACGCAAAUACAGUGUUGACUACCUCACCAAAUUGCGACGAUUUUCCUCUCUUGGAUUGCUCAGUACCUCGCCUCUAUCAUCAACAACCUCCCCAUGCCCUUACUAAUCCCCUCAAUAUGGGCAAUGGACAGCUUUUGUGGGGCGGGGAAGAUCACAGACACAAGUUCAUUAAUGAAAAUGGAUUCACCAGCAACAACUUGUGUUCAUUCCAUUAAUUAUAUACAACCCCAACACUGACCAACACAUACAUUAAUCAUCUGUUUUGUGCAGCUUCGUUGGCGGGUUUAAUCUGAUGUUCGAGAGCAGGAAUAUAAUUGCAGAGAAUGUUAUAUUCCUUAGUUAGUACAGUAUAAAUAUUAAUCUAAUUAGUUAUGCAUGGAGAAGGUGGAUUGUCAUAUGAAAUCAGCUGGACCGUUGGAUCGAGGAAAUUGAUCGACAUGAAUACAGAUGGAGGAAGUGAAAGAACAAGUCAACCAGCGGGCCGGGAAAGAAGACAGGAGGACCCAUCCACUUUAAUUUGUAGAUCCUUUCAUAUAUGUUCUGGCCCAGCCCAAAUUGAUUGAACAUCUUUUAUAUAUGGGGGACGAUCUUUACAGAUUUUGAAGUACUAGAAAAGCAAAUUAAUUAAAAUCUCAUACGUAGUACGAAGUGUUUCUUUAUUUAUAUACGAGUAUCUAUUUAUCCUAAAUACGUACUCUAGUCAUUUUAUUUAAUGAUGAUGGUGGUAGAGAAUUAUAUAACAGAUACCUAUAAUCAAAACAAGACUACGUUCAUAUUUAUCUUCUAAUAUUAAGUACUAGUAUGUGACAAUUAUCAAGUGCAAUUUAUUGUACACAAGCAUAUGAAGAAAAAA